GACGCAAACGUCAUAACGAGCUGUAUAGAGUUUCGCCUAGUCCCUGUGAUCUCACUUCCCUCAUCAACAACAAGUCCAUAGCACAAUGUAAGCAUUGGACCGAUCAUGCUCCAACCUCUAGCGUCUGCCAUACAUUCAUGACGACAAGGGUACAUGCUGACCAACCGUCCUGCGACUGUCCACAGCUGAAACAUGACUCAAGGAUCUCGUACUACCGCAUUCACAACUAAGUUGUGGUAAAGACCUCAAACUGGCUGCUGAGAUUUUUAGCGCCAUAUAAAAACAUCAUGAUCGCUGCAGGUCACUCUCUCUUGUUCAGUCCAGGUAAUUCAAUAGAAGACGCAGCAACAUGACAUCUCUCAAUCUUCAGAGACUGAUCAGCCCGAUGGCCCUUUCCAAAGAAGAUGCCUUGAUCCCCUCCAGCCCGAUCAUGCCUGCACCGCUGAAGAUGCACUCUGUGCUCGUCGAAACCCGACCACUUCCAGAGGCUGUGGACAUCUCUCUGCCUCCAUCGCCCAUGACCGAGGGUCCUUCACCCAUGACCGAGGGUCCUUCACCCAUCAACCCUUCGCCGAUUGAAUCUGACGAGAACGAGCACAAGCCGCUUCGUAAAAGCUCCGCCCUGGAGACUCUGAGGGAGCUCAAUGCUGCAGAGCAGAAAAAACAACAAGCUCCUGCCAUCCCGCCCAAGAGCGCUCACCGUGGUGCAAAGAAGACUAGCUGGUUGUCCAAGCUGAUCGGAAGAGUGUCAUGUUCCAGCAUCAGCAAUGGAAGUAGCGUCGACGGCUAUAGCAUGCCUAACAAGCCUGUGACUCUACCGAGACUUCGCAAGACCAAGUCCACGGAUGCCAAACGCGGUGGAGGUGAGGUUGGAAGAGUGGAAAGACGUGGGAACAUCGACACUGGACUGGUCAGCAGGAUGGAGGCGUACAGUAUGGCAGAGCAAGGAAACGCUUUGUUGCUCAACCACCCUAAUCCCGGUGUCAGCCCUGGACACUGCCAACAGUAGUCCAGAAACACGGUGACGCCGGCAUCACAUGUGGACAAUCGGCCAAGUCUCCUUGUCUCCCUGCUGGACACUCAGAACACGAUCUCAUGACGUGACGGUGUCAAGCCAUGACGAAGGCGAUGAUUUGAGUUAUUUCCUAUUCAAGGUGCGCGUCAUCCAACCGUGAUGCUUGGACUCGAUUUUCUCGAAGUUUGGAAAGUUCUAUAUCUACCUCAGCACGUGGCGGGAACAACCUCACGUACCAAACAAUCCAGAUAGUCGGAUAGUCGAGCUCACUUUUACUCUUUCAUGUUCUCUGCUUGUACUUUUUUGUUUUCUUUUCCGUUUACCAACUCCAGAAACACUUAGCAACAUAGUACAGAAUUAAGAGCAACGUUGACGCGGA